AAGAAAGGUGGGAUAUUCGUGAUAAAGUAGUUGGCGUUGACAAUGAGGGUGUAAGUAGUUUUGUUUUUUCUUCAUUUUAGAAAUUAUACCCUGAAGUAGAGUUUACGUUUAGCCCCUGGGUGUCUGGUAUACCAUCUGUCUGAUCAUGAAGGGGAAGAAGUCCGGAUUCAAGGGAGGCUUGGGGAAGGCGCCCUUUGGAGCAGGGAAGAAAGGCGGAGGCAAAGCGAAAGGAACAGCUUCGAAAGCUGUACAGAAAGGCUCGUCCGCUGCAGCAAGUAGUGGAUCAACCUCCAGUUGGCAGCCCAACGCAGCGAUGCUAACGAGCUAUAUCAAGAAUGCGUGGAGCGUGGACGAGAUCCUGCAGAUCUAUGGGAAACACGAGGCGGUGCUGGACUACAUCCACUUGUCGGCGAUGUGGAACAUGCUGGGACGGCUGGUCGAAUCGUCGUCCAGUGCGUCGAGUAGUGAUUCUCAGGCCGGCGGUGCUGCUGCCCAGGAACGGGAUAGUGGGGCAAAAGAACAAGAGGAUUCUUCUCUAACCACUAAGGAACAGCAGCUUCGUAAGUUGGUUUCGCGAACGCUGGACCUCGUGCAGAACUCGACGAAAAUUCAGGCUCGACAGCUCUGCAACAUCGCGCACGGAGUGGCCAAGAGUUGUCAGGGAUUGGAACAACCAGGGUCGUCCUCGGAAAAGAACUUAUUUUCAGUCCAGCUAAUGAAAGCGAUCAUCGCGGCGGUGCAACCAAAGCUGCAGGACUGCACCAGCCAAGAGCUCGCGAACCUGGCCUGGGCGUGCGUCCAAAGGACGGAUUUUUUUGACGAGGCGCUGUUUGCCAAGAUCGCGAAGACCGUAAAGACCGGCUUCGUCCAGGGGGACAAAAAGAUCACCGACGUGAAGGCCCAGGAGCUGACGAAUCUAGCGUCGUCUUUCGCCACACGACAGGGGUUUCUUGACGGAGCAGCACAGCAGCCAGGGCACGGCAAAGAUGUCAGCGAUAGUAGUAUUAACCUUCCCGGCGACAAGCGGUUAUUUUUCAGCUACCUGGCGGAAGCGGCGCUGCCGAUCCUGGAUUACUUCACGCCGCAGGGUAUCGCAAACCUGGCCGAGGCUUUUGCGAAAAUGAACCAUGUCACCGACGCGGAGUUCUUUCCCGCCGUGCGGAAACACUUGCUGACACCGCAGGGGCAAGAGCAAACGUGGAAACCGCUGGACGACUUCGCCCCGCUGGACUACGCGAUUUUUGUCCGGGCGUUCGCGAAACUGGGACAGUUGGAUGACGCGAUGCUGCACGAGCUGGCCAAGCAGGUGGAUUGGCAUUUGGAUACCUUCCCCGCGCAAUCGCUGAGCAACGUGGUCUGGGCCUUCGCCAAGUCGGGGCACCUCGACGCCCCGCUCUUUGAGAAGCUGGGCAAACGCGCAAAGCUGCAGCUGGCAAAACAUACUGUGGCUGUUGGAACGACUUCCACCUCUUCUACAUGGAACCCGCAGGAUCUGGCUAACGCGGCCUACGGUUUUGCGAAGGCCUGCCACACGGAGGACGCCGAAUUGUGGGAACUGAUUGCGCGCCACGCCGUGCUUCGGAUCCACGAAUUCAACGCGCAGGACUUGACCAACACGGCUUGGGCCUUGGCCAAAGUGGGCCACCCGCAUCCGGAAUUUUUCGAAACUGUUGCGGACCAGAUCACCAGAAAGAAACCCGAAAAGAGCGCGGUCUCUACUACCGCCAGUACUCUUAUUCCCCCUACAACAGCUUCUCUCGUUUCAUCACUGACGCCCCCCCAGAUCUCCAACCUCACCUGGGCUUUCUGCGAGGUGCGGAAGCAGGAGAAGCAAACUUCUGCCACUUCUAGCUGUAGCAAAAUAAAGAGCACGGAAUCUAUCAAACUAAAACUUUACAAGCAAGUCUUUUCCGCUCUCGCGGACGCGACGAUGCAGAAAGUCGAAAAUUGCACGCCGUCCGAGUUGGCCAACCUCGCGUGGCAGUUCGCGAACUCGAACUAUCUAGACAAGAAUCUGUUCGAAACCCUCGCGAAGCCCGUUGCCAAGUAUGCGACCGAGUUUGGCGAAGAUGAUUUGAAGAAUGUGGAGUGGGCCUUCGCGCAAAUCGCGAACAGCCGCAAGUGUGCGGACGUAGUAGCGCUGUUCCGGAAAAAGGCGGGCAAAAGUGGUCUGGCCGGUGGUCAGGACGACGCGGACGGAGGUGGUUCUCGUGUGGGCUCUGGUGCCACUGCGGAAGAUGAUCAUGAUAUCCUUGGUAAAAAGUCGUGUACAAAAUCAGCAGCAGCUGCACAACUCUCGCCUUCGGAGAUCUCUGCCCGACUCCAAGAAUUAUUCAACACCCCGGCGGCCAGGGAAAAAUACAAGUCUAACAAGGGGCCGCACAUCCUCGUCGCGGGCGGCGGGAUUGGCGGCGCCGCGCUGGCGGUGGCGUUGCAGACCUACGGGCUGGGAAACGUUACGGUGCUAGAGACGGAUAAGAGCUUUUCCAGCCGGAAACAGGGCUACGGGCUGACCAUCCAACGGCAGGACAUGCUGCAGGUGAUGAACAUCAAUUUGCAAAAGGAUGACGCCCCCAGCACCAGCCACUACUCCUUCGACAGCGCGGGCAACAUUCUGGGCUUCUACGGGGAGGCCUUUUCGGGUAGUGCGCAGCAGCAGCAGCAGCAGUUCUUGUCCCAGGAACAACAAGGUGGUAACGGUUGUUCGGACGGGAAGCGGUUCGUCCACAUUCCGCGGCAGCAGCUGCGCCAGCGCAUCCUGGAGCAGGUGCAGCCGGGGGUGAUUCGGUGGGGCAGUAAGUUGCAGAGCUUCGAGGUAGUAGCUGCUGGGGAGAAUCUUCAUGAUGGUUCUGGUUCUGCAUCUUCUACUUCUGAAAGGACGUCGAAAAAAAGCAGCAACUCUCCUCUCGCCAGCAACCGACCCGCCCCCGGCACUGUCUCGGUGACGCUGACCGACCAAACGGUCCUAACCGCGGAUCUACUCGUCGGCGCGGACGGGAUUUUUUCCACCGUGCGCAAGCAAAUGAAGCUGCGAAACGACCGGCUGAACUACUGCGGGUUAGUAGUGGUGCUCGGCAUCGUCCACAAACCGUGCAAGCUCGCGGAGCGGCGAAUUUUCGAAACCAUGGACGGAACCACGCGGAUCUACGCCAUGCCUUUCACAACCAGCAGUACGAUGUGGCAGCUGUCGUUCCCCUCCAGCGAAGAGGACGCGAAAAAAUGGAGCAAAGACCCGGCGUUGCUGAAGAAGGAAAUCCUCCGUCGCUGUCUACACUGGCACCAACCGGUCCCGCAGUUGCUCGCGCAGACGGAACUGGAAAAUAUGGCCGGCUACCCGGUGUACGACCGAGACCAGCUGCAGCCGGAGGUGUUGCGGGCCGCGGCAACUAGUACCGUCGACCCGAAGAAGGGGAGCGAGUCGCUAUCUCCGGUCACGCUGAUGGGCGACGCGGCGCACCCGAUGACGCCGUUUCGCGCCCAGGGCGCCAACCAAGCGCUGUCCGACGCCGCACUGCUGGCGGAGACUCUCGCGGAGAGCAUCCUGCGCGAAAGUAGAAGUAGUAGUCCCAGUGUACUAGCUGGGGCGGGGGCGACUAGUUUGUGUACAACAGCGCCGGGCAAAGAUGGUGGUCAUGAUGUUAGUACUUCUUCACCUGCAAGCCAGAUCACGGCCGGGCUGCUCAAGGCGCUGCUGGUGUUCGAGCGGAAGAUGCUGAAUCGGUCCGGCCGAAUCGUGGAGUUAUCCCGCGAAAAGGCAAAGGCGCUCCACAGCCCGCUGGCGUUGCAGGUGGGUCGGAAGGUGCAGCGGCAAAACAAGACCGGGAUCGACAUGCAGCAGGCGAUUCGCGCGCUGCGGAAGAAGAAAAUCGGCGCCCAUUCCUGCGAAGGAACCGAGAAGAACCUGGACCAGAUUUUGUUGGACACAAUAGACGAAGACCGCCGCCGGGGAGGCGCAACAUCAUCAACAUCCGCUGUUCCGGAAAAGAAGAAGAAAGACCUCAAGCGGGGAGCAUCCGCAAAGACGAAAACCGCGACUGUGGCGGGGAAACAGCAAAAGGAAGCUUCGCGCGGUGAAAGUGUCGGCAAGGAUGUCACCAACCAGCCCGCCCGGAAGCGACGCAAGGUCCUCGAAGACCCAGCUGAAGUAACGCCGUCUGCAGGUGGCGCAGCUUCUACUAAAACCGCGACCGUCAACGUUGAAGCCACGAGGACUUCGUCCACGGGCAGUUCUGAGGAGAGCAAAAAUGCAAUUCCUUCAGCCGAACUUGUGGCGCCCUCGGGUGGUUCCGCGUCAAAAACAAGGCUCUGGGGGUACUGUCAGCAAGAAGAAAACUGGAAGAAGUGCGACCACCUUGGGAAGGUGAUAGAGAAAAAUGGAGAAGAGCGCGUCCGCGUGCUCUGGAAGCACAGCAAUUCGGUGGCGAUUCUUUCGGGCGACUGUGUCCGGCUCCGGGGUAAGUUUGACAAAGUGGAU